AUGGUACAAGUGUCGGAGAUAUAUUGUCCCGAAACGAAACAUAUUUUUGAAAAUUUAAGCCUUUCGAGAAGAACAAUAGUACGACGGAUUGAAAAUAUUUCAGGAAACUUACAGCUAAGAACAAAAAUUGCUGAUUUCACCUAUUGUUCUCUAGCUUUAGAUGAGUCCUGCGAUAUUUCUGAUACAAGUCAAUUAUUAAUAUUUAUUCGCGGCAUUAACAAGAAAUGUGAAAUUAGCGAGGAACUUCUUAGUGUGCAUCCAAUGAAAGGUACAACUACUGGUGAAGACUUCUUUCUCGCUGUUAAAGAGUGUUUAGUUAAAGUAAGUUUAACUUGGAAUAAAAUAGUAAGCGUCACUACGGAUGGUUGUCCUAGUUUAACAGGUAAAAAUGUAGGUUUACUUAAUCGAAUUUGCGACAAAGUAAAAGAGUUACAACCAGAACACGAUAUAUUAUUUUUGCACUGCAUUAUUCAUCAAGAAGUGCUAUGCAGAAAAGUUUUGAAAUUGAAUCACCUCGUUGUGACCAAAGUUGUGAAUUUUAUCCGAGGACGUGCCAUAAAUCAUCGACAGUUUGUUGAAUUUUUGAAAGAAAUUGAAAGUGACUUCUACGAAAUUCCUUAUUACACUGAAGCGAGAUUGGGAUUGGUAAAGUUUUGGACAGAUUUCAACAUUUGCUUGAUGAAAUAA